CGAGUACUUAGGAAAUUCGUGAAACAGAUACAUUUUCCAGGAUGGAGGUGUUGGAGCGUCUAUCGCUAAUCAGCAAAGUGACAACGGAGCUGUACAAUCACUGGGGAGUGGAAGACAAGGUCGGGACACACCGCUCACACAGUGACUCACUCGCACAGGGACUCUGCCUUAUCGUUGGCGUGUGAGUCAUCAGGAUUUGGCCGAGUUUGUGGUUCAUUUGGGUGAGGAGAGCAGCCACGUGAAUGAGUUCGAGAGCAAGCUGGAGGACAGCGGCGCCAAGGUGUCGAGGUCACUCGCCGAAACACUCUUCACCCUCAUACAGAAGGUAAGACGAGGCUGUCACUGACCCCGCCAGGCGCCAAUGCCCUCUCGCAUGAAUCUGUGUGUGACCGUCGUGUCGCAGCUGGGCAAGAAGAAGCAGCCCGCUCCCUCCCCCGCGUCCCACCCUGGUGCCGCCUCUGCCAGCAGCUCAGCUGCGGCACACGGUUCACCAGCUGCUGCCCCUCCCUCACGCGCCAAUGGUGCGUCAGACGAUGACGUGUCGCCCGUGAGCCCGCACGACAGGCUGCUAAGAGAGCGUGCCCGUCGCUUCCCGGGCCUGGCUGUGCCCGACAACCGUAACCGGGAGGAGCUGCAAAUGGAGAGACCUGACGAGCAUGCCCCUGUGUCGUCAGCUGCCCGGAAACUGCUGCUACGAGAGGAAUCAGACAAUACCCGAGACCGGUGAGGGACCAGAGAGCACGAUCCAUGCACCACACACACACACACACUACACACUACACUAACGGGCUGGGUGUAUGUGUGUGGUCUCGUGUGGUCUUGGCUCAGGGAGGGCUGGCGUGACGCGCUGGCCAGCGAACGGGAGAGGUCCCGCGGCGACAUGGAGGACCGCAGCCCCACCAGACACGAUGAUGACCGCAGGAAGAGACACAGAGACGAAUCGCAUGACGAAGGGUAUCAGAUGUACUACAAAGGUUCUGAAGCACAUGCAUCUCACUCCUUCAUGUACUUAUGUGUUCAGUCCCCCCAGGUAUGUGCCGGGUCGGCGCAUGCCGGUGCUGCUGUACGGCAUCUACGACGGCACUGUGUCGCGCGUCAUGGACUACGGGUGCUUCAUCGCGCUCGAGACGGCAGAGGGCCGCAAGGAGGGCCUCGUACACGCGUCAGAGAUUCGCGCAGAAGGCAAAGUGCUCAAGUGCCAGUAAGCACACUCUCUCCCACAUGGCAGAGCAGGGUUUGGGAUGCAUCGCGUGCCCGUCCUUGUGUGCCUAGGGACGUGAUAAGUCGAAAUACGGCCGUGAAGGUCAAGAUCAUCGGCAUCGCAGGUAAAGAACCUCGGUCUCUGCCUCCCUCAGCGAUGUGUCACGAGCGCCCUGUGUUGGAUGAACAGGCAGCAAGUUGAGUUUGAGCAUGCGUGAGGUGGAUCAGGAGACUGGAGAGGACCUCAAGCCCAGGAAAAAGAAGACCCAACACGACAUGGACGACGAGGGUAGAAGCAACAUGCAGACCGACAUCUGUGGUUUGAUGGGUGUGGGUAUACCUGUAUAUCUGCGUUGCGUUGCAGAUCCCCUGUCGUCUUAUGCGAAUCCCGCCCGUCCGAAGGAAAUGGAGCGGCCGGGGUUCGGGGGCCUCACGGGCAUCAAACUCGACGAUAACACGUUCACACAGGAGGGAUCCAAACGACAGAAGAAACAGUACGCAUCCUCACCAGCAAACACAUAACCAGGUGCAUCUGCACCAGAGGGUGCUGCAUUGUGUGUCUGUGUUUGGUGUGCAGGCUCAGUGAUUUGGAGAAGUGGGAGGCACAGAAGCUGAGGCACUCAGGUGCGUACAAAACUCAGUCGCCACACGAGCAGCCACACGAGCAACGGGCAUUCAUAUGUCAUGUACCCUUCCAUGUGCCACUCGUUACGUAGGCGUGUUGCCUGUGAACGAGUACGUUGAGUUUGACGAGGAGCAGGGCCUCAUGCCCGAGACUGAAGUCGCCGCUGACGUCGAAGUCGAAAUCAUCGAAAUUGAACCCGCAUUCCUCAAGGGUACUACAAAGCGUCGUCAAUCAGUGCCAUACAGCUGUCCUGUCCCGUCCAUUCCCUUUCAUCCCCCAGGUCAGACGACCCGUACGGGUGCGCAGUUGUCCCCCAUCAAGAUCGUGGCCAACCCCGAUGGCUCCCUUGCCCGGGCGGCCGCCACGCAGAGUGCUUUGUCGAAGGAGCGUCGUGAAGUGCGCGACCAGCAGCAGCGGUCCUUGCUGGACUCCAUCCCCAAGGACAUGAAUCGGCCGUGGGAGGACCCCAACCCAGAGCCGGGCGAGAGGACAAUCGCACAGGCACUGAGAGGUGUCGGAGCCAGCGCAUACGAAAUGCCAGAGUGGAAGAAGAUGUACAUCGGCAAAUCAGUGUCUUACGGACAGGUGGGGUGGGAGGUGAAGGAAGGCCACGAGUGCACUUUUGUGUAUGCGUUGUUGCCUGCGCUUGAUUGUUCAGAAAUCCAAGAUGUCGCUGAAGGAGCAGCGUGAGUCGCUGCCCAUCUUCAAGUUGCGUGACGCCUUGCUGCAGGCCAUCCACGACAAUCAGGUCCUGAUAGUUAUUGGCGAGACGGGCAGCGGCAAAACAACACAAAUGACGCAAUACCUCGCUGAAGCAGGUAUGUGUGCCAACACGACCACAUAUAAGUGAAGGUCACCGCCUAUGUUGUGUGUGCUUAUAUGUGUGCAGGUUACACGACUCGUGGGAUGAUUGGGUGCACUCAGCCGCGUCGUGUGGCGGCCAUGUCUGUGGCCAAGCGCGUGGCGGAGGAGUUCGGCUGCCGGCUGGGCCAGGAGGUGGGUUACGCCAUCCGAUUCGAGGACUGCACUAGCCAGGACACGCAGAUCAAGUACAUGACCGACGGUAUGCUUCUGCGCGAGGCACUCAUCGACACCAAACUCUCCAAAUACUCUACCAUACUCGUGAGACGGAAUACAGACAUGGUUCAACAUGGCGCAUUGCAUGUAUAACGUGUGCACGAUGCAGCUGGACGAGGCUCACGAGCGAACCAUCGCAACGGACGUGCUCUUUGGAUUGCUUAAGGUAAGCUCGAGACGGCAUGAACACAGACGUGACAUCCUGAUCUCAUGCAGCCUCUGUCUCUGCAUCAAUCAGCAAGCGGUGCGUGAGCGUCCCGAUCUGAAGUUGAUAGUCACGUCCGCCACACUUGACGCCGAGAAGUUCUCGUCAUACUUUUUCAACAGUCACAUCUUCACGAUACCUGGCCGCACAUUCCCUGUCGAGGUAACGACACACGACAGGAAAGGGGACACACACCUCUGUGGUGGACUCCUGUGUUGUGCUGCGUAGAUAUUGUACACGAAGGAGCCGGAGAACGACUAUGUCGAAGCGGCGCUGAUCACCGUGCUGCAAAUCCACCUGUGCGAGCCCGAGGGUGACAUUUUGGUGUUUCUGACGGGUCAGGAGGAGAUUGACACGGCCUGCCAGACUCUGCACGAGCGGAUGCAGCGGCUGGAGAACAUGAACCCGCCGCCUUUGAUUCCGCUGCCCGUGUACAGCGCCCUCCCGUCCGAGAUGCAGACCAUGAUAUUCGACCCCGCCCCGCCCGGAUGUCGAAAGUGUGUCGUCGCCACCAACAUCGCUGAGGCCUCACUCACCAUCGAUGGUACGCGAUGGGAGGCGGUAGGUAGAUGUACACGUGGACUCUACACGGUGGUCGUGUUGUGUGCCUGUCAGGGAUCUUCUUUGUGGUUGAUCCUGGUUUUGCCAAGGUGAAGAUGUACAACCCUAAGACAGGCAUGGACUCCCUCGUCGUCGCACCCAUCUCACAGGUAGGUAAAACGCACAUCUCACGCCACCCGGACCACACGGAUGAACAUCUGUCUGUCUGUCUGUCUGUCUGUCUGUCUGUCCGUUUUACCUCUUUCGUGCAGGCUAACGCUCGUCAGCGUGCCGGUCGUGCAGGCCGCACGGGUCCCGGCAAGUGCUACCGCCUGUACACAGAGCAGGCCUACAGGACAGAGAUGCUGUCAACGGCGGUGCCUGAAAUCCAGCGGACGAACCUGGCCAACACCGUGUUGCUGUUGAAGGCCAUGGGCGUCAAUGACAUGCUCAACUUCGACUUUAUGGACCCACCUCCUGUGCAGGUCAUCACAUACACACUUAGUUCGCUAUUUAAGGGCGUCAUAUGUGACGUUUGGUUGGUUCAGACGCUGAUCAAUGCGUUGGAGGCCCUCUAUGAGCUGGGUGCGCUCGACGAGGAGGGGCUCAUGACGCGACUGGGACGCAAGAUGGCCGAGUUCCCCAUGGAACCCAAUCUCUCAAAGGCAAGCCGGCAGAGGACAGUACAUGGGCGCAAAGGAGCAUGUCAUCAGGAUUGUCUGUUCGUUAAUUUUGUCUCGUUCAGAUGUUGCUCACAGCUGUCGACCUCAAGUGCUCUGACGAAAGUAAGGGAAUCAUCAAUGGAUGGAUGCGUGAACGGUGCACAGCACGAUGCGCAUUCCUGAUGUGGAUAUGGACGGGUGUGUGGGUGUAUGGGGUGUAUAAAUGGGUGCAGUCAUCACGAUAGUGGGCAUGUUGACCGUCCAGAACGUCUUUUACCGUCCGCGCGACAAGCAGGCGGUGGCCGACCAGAAGAAGUCCAAGUUCCAUCAGCCCGAGGGCGACCACCUCACCCUACUUGAGGUCUACAAGAGCUGGCAGGCCAACAGAUUCUCCAACCCUUGGUGCUACGAGAACUUCAUCCAGGUCAGCCAGACUGCCUGACGCGCAUGCACCUGACGCCGUCCGGGCGCACGCCCACAUGUAUGUAUGAGUGCAUGUACAGGCGCGCGCGCUUCGCAAGGCGCAGGAUGUGCGGAAGCAGUUGAUAACAAUCAUGGACCGGUACAAGCUCGACAUACUCUCUGCUGGCAGGGACUACAACAGGUAAUUCACUGCUCUGAUGAGUCUGAUAGACAAACGGGUAGGGUGACUUGCUGUUUGCUGUGCCUGUGCAGGGUCCGGAAGUCGAUCUGUGCUGGCUUCUUCCGUCAUGCAUGCAAGAAGGAUCCACAGGUAAGGCAAACGCCAAGGCUGCCACGGUGUAAGAAGGUCCUGCCUUGAGGCAGUCCUGCAUUGUACUGCAUUGGUCGGCCAGGAGGGUUACCGCACGCUGACCGAUCAUCAGCAGGUAUACAUCCACCCCUCCAGCGCACUCUACAACAAGUGAGAGGACAGGAACGAAGACGCACACGAGCGCAAUUGCCCAUCCCUUGUCGCUUCCUCUCCUUCAGGGGUCCCGAGUGGAUAGUGUACCACGAGCUGGUCCUCACGACCAAGGUACUUACUCACACGCCACGCAGAGCACCACCACAUCUCUUGUUUCUGUGGCCUCCAGGAGUACUUGCGUGAGUGUUGCACGUUGGAGCCCCAGUGGCUGGUGGAGUUGGCCCCCAACCUUUUCAAGAAAGCCGACGACACGAAGCUGUCCAAGCGCAAGAUGCGGGAGAGAAUCGAACCACUCUACAAUCGAUUCGAGGAACCUAACGCGUGGCGACUCAGCAAGAGGAAAGGGUAACAAUCCUCGAUGCCUGCAUGGAUACUUCAUUUGAACUCAUGCUGCGCUCAUUCCCGUACUCUGACAUGAAUCAAGUGGUCAGUAAUGUGAAUGCACAGACCAGUAUAUCAACAGCGAUAAUGUAG